UUUGGCAGUUACGCCGAAAAAUAAAUUGAGAUUUGUCGAUAUAUCUGAUCGUAAGGAAGAAUGAGAAUAGAUUCAUUCUUUGGUCACAGAGAUUCGAAUGCUAGUGCAGAUUUACCAAACGAGAGGAAGAGUAUUUCUAGAAGAAUGAAAAGAUUUCUAAAUUAUAAACGAGACAAAUGGUGGAGCUAUAUCAUCUGUUUGAUAACAUUUGUCAUCACCCUUACAGUUGGAUUUUUAGCUUUGCUAUCAAAGACAAGCCUUUAUUAUGUUCUUUUUCGGAGUAUGAUUGAUAUGCGUGGGCCUGUCCUAAUCCUGAUUUUGAUUCUGGACUUCUGGAUUUUUUGCUUCAAUGCUGCUUUAUUUUAUGGAAUUAAAUAUAAAAAUGCUGUUCUCAUCUUUGUAUGGAUUAUCACUAUGCUGGUGAACUGGAAUAUUUAUGUUUUUGCUAGGUUGAUUCAUUUGGUGGAUAAAGCAAUGGAUGAAGAAAUUGAACUGAAAGAUUUAUAUGUUGAUAUAGUACACCUAUAUUUCAAUGUCGGUUUUUGGUUGCUGAUGAUCAGUAUAAUAUGGGAUUAUUGGCAGACAAUAUCUAAUAUAACGGAUAUUCCAGAACUAAUAGAUUUUUUGGCACAAUGGCAUGCCAGAUCACAUAUGCCUUCAGCAGGGGAAAGUUCUUCGUUGCCAGAUAGCGAGUUCACAACACCGAGGACUUCGAGAUUUGCUGCACGAGAUUAUUAGGAUAUAUGGAAGA